GUUCUUCCACCUGUCUCGAAUAGCCACAUCCCCACAUGAAUCUAUAAUAUUUAAAAUGUGAUGCAGCCUGGAUUGAUCCAUAUUAUAAAUAGCUUACCUCAAAACUCUUUCAAACCACACCCUAAGCCUUUGAUUACUCAUUCAUUUAUAUUAAUUUUCUGCUGCUAUAAUUUUUCAUCACCAAUACCACAACUAUGGCCGAAGAGAAUAAGCACCACCACCACUUCCACCAUCACAAGGAAGGCGAUGAACCUGUUGACUACGAGAAGGAGGAGAAGCACCACAAGCAUCUCGAGCAACUCGGUGGGCUUGGUGCUGUUGCUGCUGGCGCUUAUGCCUUGCAUGAGAAGCACCAGGCAAAGAAAGACCCAGAGAAUGCCCAUAGGCACAAGGUAGCAGAGGAGAUUGCUGCAGCAGCUACUGUAGGUGCUGGGGGAUUUGCCUUUCAUGAACAUCAUGAGAAGAAAGAAGCCAAGAAACAGGAUGAAGAAGCUCAUGGGAAGAAGCAUCACCAUCUCUUUUAAUUUCAUAUAUAUUUUGUAUUUGUAUGUGCUUGUGUGUGUUCAUGUUGGAGAUCGACUUGGGUUGGGUUUGAAAGCUUUAAUUAAUUCCAUUUCCUGUUCUUCCGUGUAACAGAUGCAUGUUAAUUACUCAACUGCUUCUCUUCGUUAUGUAUUAUCUAUGUUAAUUUCUGAUGUUUCUACAAAUUAAUAAAAGAUUUAAUUUAAUA